ACUUUCGCUCCGGGAAAGCGCGGAUGUCUUUGCUCCGCUCGAGAAAUAAGAGCGUAUAAAACAGUGCUCCGCAUUUUCGGACGCAUUUCUGCCACCGGGGGUUAAGAAUGAGAAGCGCUUUCCUUUCGUGGACUCUGGGAAUUGGAUUCAGGCUGUGGGUCUCGGAGCCGGCUUCUCAGUCUCACACGGAGGCGGGACAGGGCCUCGGGUUGCUCUCGGGGAUGUUGGGAAAUGUAGUCCAGGAGCUCCGCGUUGUUGGAGGUAUUUCCGCUGCGGGAGGUUAAGAUCGCGGCCUUCAUUUCUCUCGGGGAGAGGGACAAGACCUAGAAUGCUGGUUCUGGGGUGAGAGCUGGAUUCCGAUUCCGCCCCUGCAUCUUGACCUUACCAAGCCCCAGCUUCCUCGUCUGUUAAAUAGGAGCGACUGUCCUCAUCAUCAUCGUUGAUUGAGAACUUCCUAAAAUGCCAGCUGAGGAUGGGCUCAGACGUGUAGGUGAUUGGACCAAAGUCACACGACUUGUACAAGAGUAGCUUCCUCACAGGACUCAGCCCUUCCCUAGAAGUAGAAGGAGGACAAAAUGACCAAGUUCAAGGAGGCAGUGACGUUCAAGGACGUGGCUGUGGUCUUCACCGAGGAGGAGCUGGGGCUGCUUGACCCCGCCCAGAAGAAGCUGUAUGGAGACGUGAUGCUGGAGAACUUCCGGAACCUGCUCUCUCUGGGGCACCAACCCUUCACACCAGAUGCAGUACCCCAGUUCAAGAGGGGAGGAAGGCUUUGGAUGAUAAAGGCAGCAACCCAGAGCCACGGCUCCUCAGGAGACAGGAAUCUAAACGGUGCAGAGACUCUUCAGGAAAUUGGAUUAAAGUACCUGCCACGUGAAGGGCUUUUCUGCUCGCAAAUCUGGCAACAGGUUACAAAGGAGUUAGUCCAGAGCCAAGACGCCGUGGUAAAUAUUCAAGGAACUGGCUCUCAGCUGGAAAAACAGGGCGAUGCACUCUAUAAAGAUGGGGAGUUUGGUAAAGGCUUUGAUCGGACUUCGAGUCUUCACAUUCACCGCAGAGACCACACGGGAGGAAACCCCUAUGAGGGGGGAGAGUGUGCGGAUGGUUUCAUUGAGCACUCUCAUCCUCAGACUCACCAGACAGCCCAUGUGGGAGAGAAGCCCUAUAAAUGUGAGAAAUGUGGAAACACCUUCCGCCGACUGUCGAGCCUUGAAGCCCAUCAGAGAGUCCACAGCGGGGAGACAUCGUACAAACGCGAUGCGUCGUGUAAGGGUCUCAGACGGAGGUCACGUCUCCGCCAUCCGCAGAGAGCCCCCCCUGGAGAGAAUCCACACGAGUACGAGGAGCGUGGGAGGAGCGUCCGGGGAAGCUCCCGGCGUCAAGCUCCUCUGAUAGUCGGCGCGUUGGAGAAACCUUAUAAAUGUGAGGAGUGCGGGCAGGGCUUCAGCCAGGGCUCGUAUCUUCAAGUCCACCAGAGAGUCCACGUGGGAAAGAAACCCUACAGAUGUGAAGAGUGCGGGAAGGGCUUCAGUUGGCGUUCGCGACUGCAGGCUCACCAGCGAAUCCACACAGGAGAGAAACCAUACAAAUGCGAGGCCUGCGGCAAGGGCUUUAGUUACAGCUCACACCUUAACAUCCAUUGUCGAAUCCACACGGGAGAGAAACCCUAUAAAUGUGAAGAGUGUGGGAAGGGCUUCAGUGUGGGCUCACACCUUCAGGCCCAUCAGGUCAGCCACACUGGAGAGAAGCCUUACAAAUGCGAGGAGUGUGGGAAGGGCUUCUGUCGGGCCUCAAAUCUUCUGGACCAUCAGAGAGGCCACACUGGUGAGAAACCGUAUCAGUGUGAUGCCUGUGGAAAGGGCUUCAGUCGUAGCUCGGAUUUUAACAUUCACUUUAGAGUCCAUACGGGAGAGAAACCCUAUAAAUGUGAGGAGUGUGGGAAAGGCUUCAGUCAGGCCUCAAAUCUUCUGGCCCAUCAAAGAGGCCACACUGGAGAGAAACCAUACAAGUGUGGUACAUGUGGGAAGGGCUUCAGUCGGAGUUCAGAUCUUAACGUUCACUGUAGAAUCCACACGGGAGAGAAACCCUAUAAAUGUGAGAAGUGUGGUAAGGCCUUCAGUCAGUUCUCGAGUCUUCAGGUGCACCAGAGAGUCCACACUGGAGAGAAACCGUAUCAGUGUGCGGAGUGUGGGAAGGGCUUCAGCGUGGGUUCGCAGCUCCAAGCCCAUCAGAGGUGCCACACUGGAGAGAAGCCGUACCAAUGUGAGGAGUGCGGGAAAGGAUUCUGUCGGGCCUCGAAUUUUCUGGCUCAUCGUGGCGUCCACACGGGAGAGAAACCGUACCGGUGUGACGUGUGCGGUAAGCGCUUCAGACAGAGAUCCUAUCUUCAAGCCCACCAGAGGGUCCACACUGGGGAGAAACCAUACAAGUGCGAGGAGUGCGGGAAGGUCUUCAGUUGGAGCUCAUACCUUCAAGCCCAUCAGAGAGUCCACACUGGAGAGAAACCAUACAAGUGUGAGGAGUGCGGGAAGGGGUUCAGUUGGAGCUCAAGCCUUAUAAUUCAUCAGCGAGUGCAUGCUGACGAUGAGGGUGAUAAAGACUUUCCCACCUCGGAGGAUUCACGCAGGAAGGAAGCUCCAGAAAAGCGAUAAUGUUCUAAUACCUCAAUUGGGUGCUGAAACAAUCCCGUUACCAGACCUGUCAUAGGAGACAAAACAUUUGUUGAAAGAGAGUCAGUAUUUCAGCCGGAGCUCCACAUGUCCCAGUGGUUGGGCGACCACAUAGCAGAGAAGCCUCAUGAGAGCGGAGACUUACGUAAGGGCUUCAUUUAGAACGUUGACACGUAGCAGAUGUGCCACAGAAGAGAGGCUUAGGAGGGAUGAGUCCGUCUUCCGCUAGAAUAUAAGCUCCGGGAGAGUAGAGAUGCGUCGGCUGCCAAAUCUAUUCAGCCUUUCAGUGCCUCACACGUUGUAGGUGUUCGGUAACGUUCAAUCAGUGUAGGGAGAAGAGUCAUCGUUGAGAUUUUUUUCUUCGGUUCGUCUCGCAAAAUGUCUAUGAGAUGUACUUAGAAGAGGAAAUCUGCAAGGCUUAGAGGAUGUGUAAAUUAGGCAUGUGGGCUCAUUUCCCCGACCCCGCAGGUCCUGUGAACUGGCGUCUCUCAGCCUGUCAGGGGGUCCAAAAAUCAAUUCAGUGGGUUGUAACCAGCACUUACAUGUGCGGAUUCUUUAUUGAGGUAUAAUUUGCAUGCAGUAACAUGCAUAAAUCUCAAGUUUACAGCUUCCUGAAGUUUUGCAAAUGUAUGACACUUGUGUAAUCCUCACCCAAAUUGAUGUGUGCAGUAUUUCUAUUAAACCAGACUGUUUCCUUG